UUGUUGAUCGUUCUGGUGCCUCUCCGUCGCCUCUGUCUCUCUUACUCCCUCUGUCUCUACCAUGCUCUCCCGUCUCAUCCCCAAAUCCUCUCAUUUCCGAUUGUUGUCCAACGUUUACUCAAAAUCCCAAUCAAAUCCUGCAAGCAAUAACAAUCUUACUUCGAUCUUGAAGUCCUCUCGGUUCCUUUCCACAAAUGAUAACAACAACCGCAACAGUUCUACGGACCAAUCCAAUGGGUCAUGGAAAUUUAGCCGAGAAAGUGACGGAACAUUUGACAAUUUUUUCGGUGAGGACUCUGGCAAUAUCGCUGGGAUCUCCGGAGCCGAGUCUUUGCCCGGUGGAGACGAUGAUGUAUUAGGAAGAGCUGAUAAGGAGACAGCAGAGAACGGCGUCGGUGGUGAGGAGUGGGUGACUGCGGAGGGAUACAAGCCAUGGAGCCUUGUGGAGGAGGAGAAGGACGACGUUUUUGAUAUUGGUGAGACAACAUCGGAGGUUGCUGAAACCGGGAGUGUGGAGGACAGUAGUCUUCGUUUGGAGAUGGAGAAGAGUGAAGAGAAUAAGAGGCUUGAAAUAGAGGAGCAACAGCUCACUGCCGUACUCAAAGGUCCAAACCGUGCAUUUGGUGAUCUUAUCGCAGCUUCUGGAAUAACAAAUGCGAUGCUGGACAGCUUAAUUGCUCUGAAGGAUUUGGAAGGGAUUGAGGGAUUACCACCUCUAAGUGAAAUAGAAGACAUGCGGUAUGAGAAGAAUACUAGAAAAUCCUCAAGGGCUGAUAUAGAGCGCCUGAAACAAGAAGAAAUUGCGAAAGCAAGGGUGAGACAAGUAGAUGACAAGGGAAGGGCUUAUGGAACGGGAAGAAGAAAAUGCAGCAUAGCUCGUGUUUGGGUUCAACCUGGUGAUGGCAAGUUUAUUGUUAAUGAUAAAGAAUUUGAUACCUAUUUUCCAAUGCUUGAUCAUCGUGCUUCUCUUCUUCGGCCUUUUUCUGAGACAAAGACCUUGGGCCUUUGGGAUGUAAAAUGCACGGUGAAAGGAGGUGGUGUCUCAGGUCAAGUUGAUGCAGUUCGUUUGGGGAUCAGCAGGGCCUUGCAAAACUGGGAACCAGAUUUGCGUCCUCCCCUCAGGGAUGCUGGUUUUUUGACAAGAGAUUCACGCGUUGUGGAAAGGAAGAAACCAGGGAGAGCAAAAGCAAGGAAGAGCUUCCAGUGGGUCAAGCGUUAAUCAAUGUGCUAUCCUGCUACCUUCAAUUCUUUACAUGACCAGUUAUUUAUGAAAUUUCAAUUUUGUUCUCAUUUUGCAACUUCUUGCUUUUGUUUGGUUCGUGUAGUGCUUCUGGUAAUCCUUAAUUACAUCAUCUGCCCUUCAGAGGUGUUUAGAUUUUUUUUCUAGAUUUGAUAGUCAAUCAAGCUCGAGUUGACAGAGCAUGAUUAAACAACAAAUCAAAAUUCUUAAUAUAACUUUUUUGUUUUUGUUUCUUUAACAA